UCGGAACCUGUUCUUUGUUCUUUUUCAGUGCAUAUUGCAGAAAGAAAAAUGGCGUGAUCAUGUUCAAACUUCGAUCACAUAACCACAAUAGUACCAACCGUAAGCACCAUACGAGGAAAGCAGUGUAACAACAAUAAAGAUACGUUAUGGUGAAAGUGCAGAUCAUGGGCAGUCCACAGUUUUUUUGUGUGUUUGCAUUGUGUUUUUGUUUGACGAAAGCACAAAUUUAUAAAAUUUUCCGAACUGAAAAUGUUGUCCUCAAUGGAAAUACUACUCUCCACAUUGAGGUACCAAAUAUGGAGAGACCAGUCACGUGGAGGUGUGGGACUCGGAAGUAUGAGUGUGACAACGUAUGCGAUAAAGGGGCUGAAUUUAGAGUGACACAGAGUGGAAAUUCUUCUUCUCUCUGGAUCCGAAAGGUAACUAAGGAACUUUUGGAUUGGACAUUUCAUGACAACAACUACAACAUUGGAAAAUUUGAUUUGAAGACAAAUGGUUUCAGAAAAGCAGAAACUUAUGAAAUUAUCCAAAAUGAUAAUGGUGCACUCAGUGUAAGCGCUACUCUACUGAUUAAAAUACCAAACAUGUUAAGACCGACCGUUUGGAAAUUCAACAAUUAUAAAUAUGAGUGUGAUCGGACAUGCGCUAACAGCCCCGAAUACAGAGUGACGCAGGAUGGAGAUAUAUCGACUUUUUGGAUCCGAAACGUAACAAAGGAACGAUUGACUUGGAAAUUUGAAGACGAUAAUUUGGAAUCAUCAAAAUUUGAUUUGAAGAUUCACAGUUCAACAAGAACAGAAAUUUACAAAAUUACUCAAAGUGGACCAGUUGCAUUAGGGGGCAGUGUCACACUUCAUAUUGAAGUAGCCGGGAUGAAAAGAAUAGUUGGCUGGAAAAAUGACUAUGGAAGAUAUGAAUGUGAUAUGACUUGUUAUAAUCGUAGUAACCAUGAAGUUACACAAAAUGGUAACUCAUCGAAGCUUUUGAUCCGAAAUGUCACCAAACAAGAUUUGACUUGGUAUUUUUGUGACUUCUAUCUCUGCUCUGGAAAUUAUUCCUUAAAGAUAAAAGCUGAAACAACAGGUGGGGGAGGUAAUGGAUCAGGAACCGGCAUACCCGGCUAUGCCAUAGCCAUCCUGUGUGUAGCUGGAUUUGGCAUCAUCAUUCUCGGGGUCAUAUUCAUAUGGAAACGUCGGAGCAAGAAAGAAACUCAUGAGGAUGAAACCAAGAACACGUAUAAUUUAGUACACCAGAAGCCGUCGGAGACAUAAGAAUGGUAUAUUUUGUGAUUUCUUAUUUUUUGU